UCCACCUUCCCAUGAUCGACUUCGUCCUGCCCACCGUCCGCUCCCCCGUAUUCCUUCCUUGCGCCGUCGACUGACAUUCGGUUCUCACCCUCCUCGAGCCAUUUCCCUCGUCAUCGCCGUCGCCGUGUCCCUUACCAUGUGCAUACAAUGAGUUUCUUUUCCCAAUUCGGUGAUCUGCCCACCAUUCAGACCCGAAAGGCCCUUCUUCUGCUGGAUUUCGAAAAUGAUUUCAUGCGAGAGUCCGGCGCCCUUCACGUCCCCAACACCUCCGAAUUCCUCGAGACCCUGCCCCAGCUCGUCAGUGCCUUCCGUCGCAAUGGCGAGGUCGUUUGGGUGCGUUCCCACUACGAGUCGCGCCGACCGCUGGUCGGGAUGGAUCUACAAGAACUGGUGGUGCUAGGUCGCGCGGAGGAUGCGUCGAGGAAAGGAUCGGUGUCGAGCGAAUCGCUGGAUAGUGAAACGCUGGAACCGAAGGGCCCCGUGGACGAAGAGGCCUUUCUGUCGACCGAAACCCCUCAAUGUUGUCUCCCGCAGUCCGCGGGGGUGCAGUUCCCGGCUCCCAUCCUGGCCGCCAUCGACUCCGACGACACGCUGAUCGAGAAGUCCGACUACUCUGCCUUGCAGGACCAGGGCCUCAUUCUCUCCCUGCGCACGCGCUUCGUUACCGAGCUCUACCUGUGCGGUUCCUUGUCCAACAUCUCCGUCUACGCCACCGCCCUCGACGCCGUGCGACACGGCUUCUCCGUCAACCUGAUCGAGGACUGUCUGGGCUUCCGGAGCUUCCCCCGCCACGAGGAAGCCAUGCGACGGAUGGCGGAUAUUUUUGGAGCGAACGGGAUCACUUCGCAGGAGCUGAUGGAGGAGCUGGAUUGGCAGGAGACCGAUGCGAUCGCUCGCAAAGGUGCGCCCCGACCGGCACGGUCGGCAACUCCCGCCGGCAUCGAGGGAUUCAUGGAUGGCCUCGACUUUCGCCGAACGCGUCAUUUGGGCCCUCCGAAAGACCCUUCGAGGUCGUCGGGCAGGGGCAGCUCGCGUCGUAAUUUGGAGGAUAUCUUGGCAGAGUAUUCCGAUGACGAGGACGGAGACUUGUUGGAGCUGGCAAAACUGACUCGCGGCAGUUCUCGCUACUCGCGAGCCGCAUCGCAAGCGAGCUCGCCACAAUCGGCUGAGAAGACUGCGCGCCCACGCGUACGCCGACCGAGACGUUCAGACCCGAAGACUGACCCGAAGACUGAGUCGGCUCCGCGGCCGGAGGCUCGACGAAGCGGCAAGCAGCCCAAACGGUCGCCGGGUUUCCUCAAACCGGGCGAUCGCAUCGGCGAGGGUGACUCGCGCAUCAUCUAUGAUCUCGAUCUCGCCGCCGAUGCUUUCGAACAGAUCCGCAAUGAGGUUACCUGGCAGAAGAUGUACCACUUGUCUGGACAGGUUCCACGUCUUGUUGCCGUUCAAGGCCGUCCUUUAGACGACGGAUCGAUUCCUAUAUAUCGCCAUCCAGCCGAUGAAUCGCCACAAUUACAACCCUUCACUCCCGCGGUGGAUCGUGUACGCGCUAAUGUAGAACGAAUACUUGGGCAUCCCCUAAAUCAUGUUCUCAUCCAGCUUUACCGAGAUGGGCAGGAUCGCAUUUCCGAACAUUCGGACAAGACUCUGGAUAUUGUCCGCGGGUCGUCCAUCUGCAAUGUCAGUCUCGGUGCCCAACGAGUCAUGGUUCUCCGCAACAAGUCCCAGACGAAUGAAGGGGAAUCUAGCCGACUUUCCCAACGCGUCCCGAUGCCGCACGAAUCGCUGUUUAUACUCGGUGAGCAGACCAACAUGCGCUGGCUCCACGGCAUCCGACCCGAUAAGCGUCCAGACACCGAGAGAUCGAUGGAAGAGCGCGCCUACGGAGGCAAGCGCAUCUCACUCACCUUCCGACACAUCGGCACGUUCUUAAACCCAUCUGGCGACACCAUCUGGGGACAGGGUGCUAUUUCGAAAAAUCAAGAACAAGCAAACCCCGUCAUUCACGGCGAUUCCGCCGAGACAGAACGGCUGAUCCACGCGUUCGGGGCAGAGAAUCAGACCACCGAGUUCGACUGGGAUGCCGUGUACGGCGACGGGUUCGACGUGGUCAAUUUCGUCACCACGUCAACGGUCAAAAUCGUACUGGGCUCGGAUAUUGUGGCCAAUCUUCGUGUCCUGAUCUAUCUCGGCGAGAACGGCAUUCGUUACGAUAUAGACGAAGGGCAAAUCCCAGAACAAAGCGGCAAAGAUGCCACCCAAGAACCUCUCUACAUCGGCGCUGACGGCACCAAAAUCGCCGGCGACGUCAACAUCAUGACUUAUCUCGCCCAGCGGUCAUCCGAACUCACUCGCCCUGGAGUUGAGAUCCUCCGCGGCGGCAGCCACCUGUCCGAGAUCGAAAAACUCCUCGCCAGCUGGCGGGCGUACAAAUCCCAAAGCCAACCCGAAGUUCUCAAAGCACUAGACACAUGGGAAGAUGUCCUCGACGAGAGCGUCUACCUCAGCGGCGCGACCUUCGGAAUCGACGACUGCGCCUUCUGGCCCGUUCUCAGAGAGAUCGUGCUCGGCAGCGACCCGCUGUCUAAUAAAGUCCAUCCCAAUCUGGCCCUUUAUUACACUAGACUGGAGAAACGGGGUGUUGUUCGAAAGACACUAGAGGAGUUGAAAUUGAAAUGAUUAUUUUGAACUGACUAUGCCUUUUUUUAUAUUUCUAUUUUUUUAUACCCACCCGCUUCUUCUUGUCGGAAUAUGGAAGAUGCAGCACAGCGCAUGCGAUGAUCCUUGCAUUGAUGGACUUUUAGAUUGAAUUUAGCAUUUGAUGAUUUUGGGCUUGCUUUCUUUUUGGUGAUAUCCUUCUCGGGGCGGAUUUUUCUCUCAGUUUGUCUUCGGUGACAUGAUGGUUCUUUUUGGUACUUUUUGGUAUUUUUUAUCUAUAUACUUAUUUAUACAUAUAAUUCUGACGAGUUAGAUAGGACGAUUGGAACAUACACAUUGUUC